AGUGACACUGCUUUGAAUUAUACCGCUCAGCGACUUCAGUACAUGCCUCAUAGCUCCAGUCUCAAACUUAACCCCGUUCUUGCUGAAGAAGAGAAGGUCUGCUGGAUGGAGAAAGAAGCUCUCGUGAAAGAGGGGGAGGAAGAGGAGGCUGUUACAAUACAAAAACAAGUAGAGGGUGAGGGUGUUACCAUGAACGAAGAAGAGAAAGACGUUACAGAGAAAGAAGAGGAAGACGCGUUCAGAGUGAAAGAGGAUGACGAAGUUUCAGUGAAAGAAGAGGAGACUGACGAUGAACGAGAGAGACGUGACUAUCGUGGAUCCUCUGGGGAGCAUCAACAACCUCAUGAUGCUGACAAGGCAGAGAAGAGUCUCUCCACGUCAAAACACCAGCAGAGAACCACAGGGAAGAAAUCUCAUUGCUGCUCUGACUGUGGGAAAGGUUGCACAUCUUCAUCAGAACUUAAAAUACACCAGAGAACACACACAGGAGAGAAACCUUAUAGCUGUGAUAAAUGUGGGGUUCGAGAUGUAUCCACUCGGCUCGCUGCCUCUCAGAUCAAAGGUGGGUCCAUCUGCUCCGUUCCCGAAGUGUGGUUUCCCUGA